AUGAGGGACACCAUCCGCAAUUACGAAAAACUGGGCUACCUUGAAGAUGAUAACCAUAUCAUUUUUGAUUAUGGCCAACUUCUCAAAAGAGUUAAGGGUGUUAAGGGUGAUCGUAAAUUAGGUAAUACCCCGAUCAUUGCGGGUUUCCAUCCUCCGAAAUGUGACUCACUAUGGAAGAGCCUUGAGGAAGGAGAUUACGAGCAAUGGCGACUAUCAUUGAAAGCUAUCAAUUUCAAGUGGAAGGUUGAAUUAUGGUUCUGGAAAUCGGGUAUAUUAGAAUCACUCAAUACACACGAUCUAUCCAAGCUUUGUACUCAACAUUUGUUCCCUAUUCUUAGUGGACCCGAUCCCAGCAAGAAAAUGGAAAUAAUUGAUAUUACCAGUAAUAGUAUAAUUUGA